UCACUAUUCGUGUAUUUAUUCAUGUUAUUUGAUGAAAGUAUACAAAUGGUACAGUAUUUUUCGGUGUAAUUAGAAUUGUUUCGAUAUAUAUCUUACGUUAUAUCCGGAAGCACAUUUCUGGGCACUGCAGCCAAUCACAGUUUUCUCCUGUUUUAAAUGUCCAGACUCGGGGAAGGAGACGCCUCCCAAUGUAUUCGUUGUCUGUUCCCAAAUGUCUUGACCAGACUGACGUUAACGUUACAGUCAGGUCAGAGCAACGUUUUUAACACAAACGUAGAGACCGAGCUUGUAAGCUACCGCUUUACAUCGGGGUCAGCUAGCGCUAGCUAAAGGGAUUCAUGGGAACCCAAGAAGAGAGAGAUUGGGUGGACGUGGCCAAUGAUCUUCUCAGCAAGUGUCAUAUUAACCUGAGGCUGAGGAAGGUGACAGACUGUGACGCCAAUGUUUUUGUUGCUUUGUAUGAAGCAAUCCUGGGGGAAAAGGUCCCAGAUUACAUUGCUGCUCCCCGGAGUCAAGAGGAUGACAUUCACAAUGUGCAGUCAGUUAUUGACUCUCUAGCUCUGGAUUACCUGCAAAUCAGCUUGUCUCACAUCACAGGUGAGAAUGUUGUAACGGGAGACAAAGAAUCCAUAAAAAACUUGCUGGAAAUUUUUGAUGGGCUGCUGGAGUAUCUCACUGAGCAGAUAUACGAGGAGGAGCCACUGCAUGAAGACGGAGCAGCAGAAGAGCCAGCCGGGCUCCCUGGCAUGGCUGCGACCCACACCUCAGCCCCCGGGAGAGACCACCCAGAGCAGCAGGAGAACCUGCUGGAGAGGGUAUCUCAGUGCUCCAGCGUGCACUCGACUGUCCAGUCCAGCAAACACUCCCUCCCUUCCUGGAGUGCUGAUGGGUCUGAGUCCACCGCGGAGCUUAUUCGGUUGGGAGAUUCGGCCCGGACGUUCACUGCCAAACAGAGAGUGUGCAGGAGUGCGAGCGAGCAGUCUGAUGGUGCGGUCAGCGCCGACCGGAGGGCCUGCGAGCUCCCUCGCUCCAGCGGCUCCUGCCCCCGGGGGAUGAUGUCACCGCACGGCCGAGGCGCAGCGCCCGUCACCCAGGACCUCCCGAACGCCAGCGCCACCCUCAUGAGGGAGCCCCUCCGCUCGGCCGUCCCCCUCCUGCCCCCGUACCAGACCACCCCCCAGCGGACAGAGCACCGGGGCCCCUCCGGCAGCCAGUCCCCCGCCAGCGCAUCCAGCCACCGGGGGGAGGAAGAGGAGCAGCGGCCUCCUCUUAUCAGAGCAAACGGCGUGUCCCCCAGGCCUCUGUCUGACACCGUUCCCGCUAAUGGACUGCAGUCUCCCUGCCACUUCCUGGAUGAGACCGAGAGGCCGAUGUCCAGUCAGAAGGCGGUCAGCUCUGAGGUGGACAGGAAACAGAUGGAGCCUGCUGGUGGUGGGCCCAGGAGGGUGCUGUUCCGCACCGAGCCAGACGUCCUCUUCCUCACCCUGAGGGGCCGCGAGGGAGAGGAGGGCCAGGGGGGCCCCUCAGCCCUGCAGCAGGACAACAGAGGGACCCGAGAGCGGACCGGGCCCAGAGGGGGCGUCUCGCUGGGGGAGCCCCUGUCCUGGCACCGGCAGAGGAACCGGCAGACGGAGGAGGAGCUGCACCACAUGUCGGAGAAGCUGACCCGGCGGCUGGAGGAGCUGGAUGCCAUGCUGAAGCGGGCCCUGGGGGAAGGGGAGACGGAGGCGACGGACGCCAAAGAGGAGGACAAGCAGUCCCACCACAGCGACAGCGUCAUGGAGUGCCGGCGCACCAGGAGGCCGACGGGCACGCCGCACACGUCCCGGUCUCCGCGCACGCGCUCCCUGUCUCCCUCGCCCCCCCCGGUGCGGCGCUCCCUGCAGGCCCAGCUGGACCAGAGCCUGAGCGGGUCGGCACCGCAGCGCCAGGCCCGAGUGCGCCGGCAGGAGCAGCGCCAGCUGCAGAACCACCGCCGGCUGGGCCAGGUGGUGGGCAGGGCCUAUGAGGACGAGCUGAAGAGACUGGAGGAGCAGGAGCGUCUGGACAUGGCCAUGGAGCGAGGCAGGCUGCAGGGAACGGAGAGGGAGUACAGAGAGGCCGUCCAGAAAGAUGUCCCCCCCCGCACGCCCAAGCCGUCCCAGGCCUUCGGCCCCAAAGCCGCAAGCCAACAGCGCCCCUCCCGGGCGAGGCACCACACCCCGAACAGGGCGAGGACGCUGCCCCGCAAACCUGCGCUGAUGAAGGUAAAGGACAAUGACCUGCUUCCGCUGCUGUUGGAGGAGUUCCCCCACCUGCAGCUCUCCCCGCACACGCUCACACGCAUGUGGAAGAAGCAGCUCAAACAGGUGGACCACCUGGCAGCCGUCGGCAACCACCACACCCGCAACAAACUGACCAGCCAGGUGGAGGAGGCGCAGAGGAGACACGACCUCCUGGUGGAGAUCAUCCGGAAAGAGCAGGAGCACAACCACCGGCUGAGGGACGUUAAGGAGCGGAUCCAGCAGCAGAAGUCGGCCCAGAACAAGCUGAAGGAGCAGAGGCGGCAGAUCGCCCGCGCCAAGAAGUACUACAGCGAAUACCACGUGCAGAUGCGCGCGCGCAUGAUGAGGGCCCGCACUCGAGAGGAGAGGAUGUUUAAGCAGAUCUUUGAGGAGGGCCUGGAGCUGCAGAAGGAGCGUUUUAGAGAGGAGCGGGCCUACGCCAAGGAGGUGCGGCAGGAGCACCAGCGCAAACACAGGGACGAGCUGGAGUCCAUGGAGAACUACUACAAGGACCAGUUUUCACUGUUGGCUGAAACUCUUGCGCAAGAAAGAAGAGAAAUCCAAAUGAGGAAGAAGGCCCAAGAGAAGGCGCUUCAGAAGAUGAAGCGGGAGCUACGCAGCAAAAUGGAGAGGGAGAUCGGCGAGCUGCAGAAGAUCAUCAUCCAGAACGACGACGACGACUACUUCUGGGACCUGGAGGCCGAGCGGCUGCGGGGGAAAGUGAAGAUGGCUUCAUUCCAGUACAGCGCCAGCCAUCUGCCCUGAGGCCCGCGGCCCGAACGCGCAGCCUUCCGGAGCGUUCCGCUGCUGGACGCCGCACGAGGGACUCCUCUCCAACGGCUCCUCUUCUCCAAAACAGACUUCCAUUUGUGCAAUUUAGUAAUGUCAUUUUAUUUUAUGUUCUAAGAAGACAAAGACGGGGGACCAUGAAACCUGGACCACACGAGGAUGCGACACUAAUAAUGAGGAAGUUUAGAUGGAAGAAUUUUUUUUUUCUAAUUUUUUUUUCCUUUUUUUCUAAAUCUAAAAUUUUAACUACAUGCUGGAUUUUUAUCUUCCUAACGUCUUAAACACUGUUAAAUGAUUGCUGAAAGCAAAACCAGGUCUUAAAUUAUUUAUUAAAUCUGAAUUCAGGGUUUUGGAUUAUUAAAACUAUCCUACGGUGUUGUGCAUUUUGGUCACUAGGGGGCGCUAAUAAACUGAAACCUGUAAAGGAUCCUGCUUCACCACGUACAGUGGAAGUGUUGAUUUACGGCUGUAAUUUAUACUGUACAGAAAAACGACUGUAGUUUAAGAGCAUGAAUGACGCUGUAAUGUACUGUGCUGUCACGCCAUGGCAUGAAUCAGAUUGAAAACCAUUUCACAACCUUAUGAAAUCCGUCCAAUGACUUCUCCCAAAGGCAUCCCUCCCCCUCGGUCCAUCUGUGGAAAUAAGACCUGAACACCGUGUUAUAUUAAACAUUAUGCUGUGAGGUGCAAACAGCAUAGAGUUUAUUGCUCAUCUUC